GUGCGUAAAAGCGUCUCUUCUCGAAAUAUGCCGUUUCCUCUUCCGUUUGGAUCUGGAUAAGAACCAAGAUGGUACAGCGACUAACCUAUCGGCGACGCUUGUCGUACAACACAAAAAGCAACAGAAGGCGUGUCGUACGUACGCCGGGUGGUAAAUUAGUUUACCAAUACCUGAAAAAACCUAAAAAGAUCCCAAGAUGCGGACAAUGUAAGGAUAAGCUCAGGGGUAUCCAACCUGCAAGACCAAUGGAGCGUUCACGUAUGUGCAGACGUAAGAAAACAGUCAAGCGAGUAUAUGGUGGAGUCCUUUGUCACAAAUGUGUAAAAGAAAGGAUUGUGCGUGCGUUUUUGAUCGAGGAGCAAAAGAUCGUCUAUAAGGUUAUGAAAGCACAGCAGGCUUCUGCAAAGACGAAAAAGACAGAGAAGUAAUCUUGUGCUUUUUAUUAAGUAAAUAAAACAAGUAAUAAAAUCCCAAAAAUGAACUGUUGCCACUAUUUCAUUAUGUCUUGUUUAGUAUACCGUACUAACUUAUGAAUUAUUUCAUAACAUACUCGUAUAGUAAAACCUUUUUAAUUAAGAAUCCUAUAAAUAUAAAAGAUUCAUUGAACAUGUCUCAAUGUAAAUUCACCGUAAUAGACAAAAUAUAAAGUUAUUUAUCUAUUCUUA